AUGUCGAAAAACGAGUCGGGAGGCAAGAAGCGCAUCUUGUCUAAGCUCUUCCGCAAGAAGAAGUCUCUGGGCCCGCCUUCCCCGGCUUCUACGGGUACCAGCUUCUCUUCAGAUACUAAGUUCUCGCUGCCUCGAAGUUCCAGAGCAAUUCCAAAAGCUCCCCUGCUUCGUUCCGACGGUGAAGAUGGCGGUGUGUUCCUUGACGAUGACUAUACUUCCAUUUUCAAUCACGCUGACCAGCUGGUUGAAGACCUCAAUCUGCACGAUCUGAAUGACAUCCUUUCCGACUAUACCCUUGACGACUACCACGAUGACGAUUUUGAUAGAAGCGGCGAACAAGCGUUCCCAACGGCUGAAGAUGAGUCUCCAGAGACGAAUGUUCCUUGGGCCGGACUAACGUGUGAAUCUUUGAUGUUCCCCAAGCGCUUAAAGAUCAAUAAGCGGAGCAACAAAAGUCCGCGGAUGCUUAAUAACUUGUUCCUUGCUCAGGAGCUUCGGUGCGGUGAGAAGAAGGAUGUUACUGAAGCAUUGGCUUCUGAUUCAGACCUGAGUAGUGCUGAGUUCUCAGAGAGUACAACCAAUUCCUCUGCUGGUGAUGAUAGUGCGUCCAUGCGUAGCAAUGAGAUCUUAGUCAUGGAAUUCAGCAGAGAUGGUAAGUACUUGGCCGCCGCCGGCAGAGACAGCAAGAUCUACAUUUGGCAUGUCAUUUCGUCACCAUUGAGCAGGCUUCAAUAUAAGAGCCGUGAGGCUGGACGGAAACUGCCUUCCUCAAAACUGAAGGUCUUUCAAUACGCACCCGUCUUCCAACAAGAACCAGAGGUUGUGUUUGCAGGCCACACGAAAUCCAUUUUAACAUUAGACUGGAGCAAGAACAAUUUCCUCAUAUCUGGCUCUAUGGACCGCACUGUCAAGCUUUGGAAUGUUGAACGUUCUGAAUGCUUGGAAACUUUUAAGCAUGAAGAUUUUGUCACUGCGGUGAAGUUUCAUCCCAAUGAUGAUCGUUUCUUCUUGAGUGGCUCGCUAGAUAAUUAUGUUCGCUUGUGGUCCAUCUUGGACAAUUCUGUCGCAUACAGCAAGAAUUUGGGCAAUGAUGUCUUGAUCACCGCAUUGGCAUUCACUCCUAUUGGUAACAACUGUAUCGUCGGUGGAUUCAAUGGCUCUCUAUUUGGCCUCGAGACACAAGGCCUUAAUGUUACCCGCAGAGUUGAGCUCAAAGAGAGAUCCAUGGCGAGCCCUUUUGCAUCAAAACAUGGGAACAAGAUCACAGGCAUAAAAGUGUUCGAGAAUGAAGCAGCUACAGACAUUCCAGCUACCCAAUUCGCUAGGUGGAACUUACUUAUCACAACGAAUGACUCAAAAGCAAGAUUGAUUGACAUGCAUCGCACCAGGCUACUUACACGUUUCAAAGGAGCGACGAAUACCAGUUCAUCUAUUGUGGCAUCGUUGAGUGAUGAUAAUCGUUUCAUCGUUUGUGGAUCGGAAGACCACUGGGUUUAUGUGUGGGAAAACAACAAUUCCAUCAUUAACAAUAAGCUCAGGAUUGCUCUCAAAGAACUUUAUAACGAGGGCAAGCAGCAAGUAAACCAUACCCAUAAGAAACUUACGAAACUACUUCAUGACAAUAAGAUUUGGAAGAAACUAAGCUUGCAACGUUUCUUAGAAGACAGCAGCGGUGAACAUUAUAUUCCAAACGAAAAUAACUCGUACGCUUGCUUUCAUGCUCAUCACACAAAAGUCAAUAGUGCUUUGUUUGCACCGGACAAUACUAGAAGGCUUCUCGCAUUUUCGGAUGAUAUUAUCUACGAUUUGGUAAAGAGGGCUCCUCAACUCGAUGACUACGGAAUCCUUGGUCCUCGAAAGAAAGAAAUCGAGUACGCGGAGACUACAGGCCUUGACAUAGGUCAUAUCAUAGUCACCUGUGAUCAAACAGGCCUCAUCAAGAUCUUCCGUCAAGACUCUGCGUACAAUAUUAGACGCGCUCUUGUGGAAUUCAGAAAGAGCAAUAAGUUCAAAUGUUCACCUCGUCGAGGAGAAGGUAUGAACAAAGACAAUUUAAAGCUUGAUCUCAGCGGGCUCAAUAUGCGGUCCGUCAAAACUCGAAGCCGCAGUCCAGCCUUGGAGCAGGCACCUUCUAUCAAAGCCAAGUUUCAGUCUCAGUUGAGAUACCGGCUGGGAACCUCGACUUCACCAAGCAGGCCGCCUCCUAGUGCUUAUAGACCUUCUUCAAGGACAAUUAAUGGCCAACCUGAGGUUGUCACAGCCAGUUCUCAGAUUAAUAUUAAGAAGUUGCCAAGGUCUGGAGAUAUCCAGUCAAAUUAUGUUACUCUACCCAUGAAUCGAAAUGAUCCAGAUGACAUGCAUAGCAUUUCGGACCACCUGAUGUUGAGUGGAGAAGAACAGUAUACGCCGAGAUCCAUGAGUAUACCAAACACAAAACAGAACGGAAGGCAAAGAGGCUCGUCAUUGACACAACAGGAUUCGAGACAAACUCAGCAACCUGGCGUGCCAACGUUCAUGACAACCGCGCCUACCGAUCAAAAUAUUGAUUCAGAGUACAACUCGAGAGGAAGAACUUAG